CUAAUUUGUUAACACAGCAUCACGUGAAGAAAAUUCGUCAAUUCUGGCAACCGAGUAAAAGGCACGUGUUUACGUUACAACCUGAUCUUAAAUUUCGAUUGGUUAAUUCUGUGACAGACAGAUGGACAUUGCAUG